UUCUCAUACUACCCUAAAAGUUCAAAUUCAGUCAUGUAAACUUACUUUAAAAUUUUGAAAAAAAACAUGGUUAAAUUUUUAACCAAAACAAAGCUUUUAAGACCCCAGGGUUUAAGAAAUUAAAAAAAAGACCCCAAAUCGACUCAAUCUACUGUCCUUUCAAGGUUGAUUCUACACAAGAAUAUUCGGGGCACGUGCCGCGCUGCGAUAAAUGGGAAUGAUAACGUGAUCCCGGUCGAAAACCUAAACCAAAAAUCCUAAAGCCCGCCAUAGAAAUUUUGCGCCCAUAUGGUGCUCUCGUGUUUUCUUAUCAAUACCAUAUACGUAUGCAUGCAUGCAGUAUAACCCAUAUUUGGACAGCUGUUGUUUAUCAACAAAAAAAUGCAUUCCGAUAAGUUCGGUUUUUACCUAUAAGUUUGUCUUAUACCAAACACAUUUUAUUUUUCAGACGAAUUUUGAAGAAUAUUUAAAUGCGAAUGAUAUUAAAGACUAAAAUAUGAGAUACAUUAAGCGCCAAUCUCCGUCUGCUAAACACUGCAAAGAAGACCUUUUAUCGGAAAUUCACCGAACGCAGUGAUGUAUUUAUAAUAAUCAGCUUCAGCUGAGAACUUCUGUUAUUUCUCGAGAUACAGAGAUACAAGUUGCUGCCGGUUCAAAAAGUAGAAAUGGAGGUAGAUCUCACAGUGCUCCUGGCAGUAUUCACAUUAAUCUCGAUCAUUUACUAUUGGGCUACGAGGAAAAAUGACUAUUUCCACGAAAAACCGAUUCCAUCGAUGGCCGUUACGCCAUUUUUGGGCAGCACCGGAAUGUUGCUGCGAAAGAAAAUCGCCGUUGCCGAUUACAUCUGCAUGAUCUACCAGAAAUAUUCCGCUGUCAAGUGAGUAUAUCUUUCCUUUUUUUUUGUUAAAUUUUCAGAAGAUUUUUUAAAUUUUAUUAUUUUCAGAGUAUUCGGAAUGUUUGAGGUCAACAUGCCUUUGUUCGUUUUGCGGGAUUUAAGCUUGAUCAAGCAGAUCACCGUUAAGGAUUUCGACCAUUUCAUGGAUCAUCGGCCGAUUUUUGGAACGAAAUCGGAAAGUCCGGAUCAGCUGUUUGUCAAAAUGUUGUUCACGAUGACGGACCAGAGGUGGCGGAACAUGAGAGCGACGUUGAGUCCGGCCUUCACCGGAAGCAAGAUGCGACAGAUGUUUGAGCUGGUGGUGAACUGCGCCGAAAGUAUGGCCGAUUUCUACCGCGGACACGUUGGAAAUGGAAAAGAAUACGAAAUGAAGGAUAUCUUCUCACGUUUCACGAAUGACGUGAUCGCGACCUGUGCCUUCGGUAUUCAGGUAGACUCAUCUCGGGAACGGGAGAACGAAUUCUUCCGAACUGGAAAAGAUAUGAUGGAUUUUGGCAAGAUCGGCACCAUCCUGAGACUGUUUGCAUGCCGCCUGAUGCCUUCGAUUACGAGUGCCUUGGGGAUCGAUAUCAUUGGUCGGAAACACAAUCGCUACUUCUCCAGUCUGAUCAGGGAAGCCGUCAAUGCGCGUGAAUCCCGAGGCAUAGUACGUCCGGACAUGAUCAACCUGUUGAUGCAAGCUCGCAAGGGAUCUCUGAAGCAUCAACAGGAAACGGAAGAAGGCGAAGGGUUUGCUAUAGUCAAAGAACCUUUGUUGGGGAGCACCAAAUCAACCAAUACAAUGACCGAAACAGAGAUGAUUGCUCAAUGUUUGUUGUUCUUCCUGGCCGGCUUUGACACCGUCUCCACAUGUCUAACCUUCCUAGCUUACGAACUCACCAUAAACCCAGAUAUUCAAGGAAAACUCUACGAAGAAAUCGCCGAAACCCACAAAAUCCUUGGAGGAAAGUCUCUCACCUACGACGCCCUUCAGAAAAUGAAGUACAUGGACAUGGUCGUCUCCGAAUCGCUUCGACUCUGGUCUCCAGUACCUGCGAUAGAUCGUCUGUGCGUCAAAGACUACACCCUGGACGAUGGCCAAGGUCUCAAGUUCACCAUCGAAAAGGGAACUGGCAUUUGGAUUCCGAUUCACGCCAUUCACCGGGACCCCAAAUACUACCCAAGCCCCGAAAAGUUCAUCCCUGAACGAUUCAGCGAAGCGAACCGCACCAAUCUCAACCCGGACGCCUACCUUCCCUUUGGAGUGGGUCCUCGUGCCUGUAUCGGAUCGCGAUUUGCCCUGAUGGAGGUGAAGGCCAUUGUGUACUACAUGCUGAGGGUUUUCACCUUGAACAGGACCGACGCAACGCAAGUACCGCUUAAGUUGGCCAAAACCUUUGCUGGGAUGAAUCCGGAGAGCGGAGUUCACGUGAAACUUCGCCUGCGAGAGGUCGCUCCAAAAUGUUUAUCAUAGUAUUUGAUAAGGUAGAAUUAUGCUCUCGUGUCCUAGUUUAGCGUAU